AUGGGUUCAAUCACUGAAGCACCUAAGGUCGUCCCUGCUGGGGCAUGGGACACACACCACCACAUUUUCGAGCCAGCGCGCUUCCCUUUCGCCUCUGCAAGGCACUUCACGCCCUCAGUUGCAACUCUGGAGCAGCUCAAGACAUUCGAAGAUUCCAUCGGCGUUUCACACGUGUGCAUCGCACAUGGCUUGUCAUACGGGGCCGACUGCUCCUCAUUACUCUACUACCUGGAGCAAUUCAACGGGACGGCACGCGGUAUCUGCGUCCUUGACCUAGACACAGUAACAAACGAGCUACUGGACAAGUAUCACGGAGCCGGCAUCCGAAGCGCUAGGUUGGACUUCUUCAAGGCACAGGCCAUGAACGACGUCGACAAGCAAGUCAACCUCAUCAAGUCCACCGCCAACAGGCUUCUUCAAUGGCACCCGACUGGCAACAGCUGGAGCAUUCAAAUUCAGCAGCCAAACAUCUCUUACUGGGCUAAGCUAGGACCGGUAAUUCAACAGUCAAAGCUGCCCGUGGUUCUGGACCAUAUCGGCCUCGUCAAAGCUUCCAGCAUGGCACCGACUGGGUCUGUGCCUGUCAGGGAGCAAACAGGAUGGCAGGAUUUACUGAACACGCUGAGAGGAGGAAACCUAUGGAUCAAGAUCUCGGCACCCUAUCGAUGCUCUCGAGCUGAUCCUCAUUUCGAAGACCUCAGGGAUAUUGUGCAGGAGCUUGUCAAGACAAACUCCAAGAGACUGGUCUGGGGGAGUGACUGGCCUCAUACUCAACGACAUGAAGACAGGCAUCUGAGGAGCAAGCAUGAGCAAGAGCCUUUCCUGAAUAUUGACAACCCGGCGUGGAUUCGGUCGUUGAGCACAUGGUUGAACGGAGAGGAAUGGCAGGACUUAUGGGUUCAUAAUCCUUCAACUCUCCAAAUCGUGAAGUAG